AUUUUGCAGACGCAUAUGAAACAUUUUAAUCACUCAGCAUGCUCGCCUGACUGCAGGAUAUUACUGCAAUUGACCGAAGACCGAAGGGGGUACAGCAUCAUGAUGAGAGCCAGCAGGAAGGAUUCGGUCCUGGAGACGAAGACGUUUCACUUUAUUCCAGUGUCCCUGUCAUCUUUUCACAUAUUCAGCACAACUACUACUGCACAGCUGAAAUGGAAACUCAACGGGCAGCGGAGAAUUUCCACUCUGACUCUUUACGAUAUGCGCACACAAUCUGUCACGCGAGUCUUUGAUAUAAACUCUCCAGAGAUCAAGUCCCACUAUACAAUGAACGGUCUCCCACCCGGUACGAGCUUCAAGGCUGAAGUCGCGGUGGCCUCGCUCCUCGCGCCUGGCAUCACCUUGAAGCAAAAGCUCAGUAUUGUUCUGGAAACAGAUCAGUGUCCACAUAGAUGGUUGGCAGACGAGAGAAGCUGCUACACUGUGAGAAGAUCAGGUUUGAGUUGGAGCGAUGCCCAGCUCAGCUGCACAAACCUGGCAGCUGGAAGCCACCUGGCUAACCUGAAAACCCCCAACGAGCAGCUGUUUGUAUCCUCUCACCUGUUGACAGAUGACGGUCUGCUGCUGUUGUGGACGGGGCUGAAUGAUCAACAGGAUGAAGGCCACGCUCUCUGGUCCGAUGCUUCGCCGUAUAAUCAAACAAACUCGAUGGUGACUCUGCUGCCAGCCGGUCACACAGACUGUUUUGCCUUUCAGAGGAACGCCACCGGACCUGGAUACUUCCUCACUCCCUUCUUCUGUGACAUCCCUUUGCCUUUCAUCUGCCAGUACCAAACCCCUUCAACCCCUGCAUCAUUUUCAUUUGACCUGGUUCAGGUGACAGAGCAGCAGGUAGAGCUUCGCUGGAGUGACCUCACUCCCUCCCACUCCCUGAAUCUUUCAUCUUUUGAGAUUUUCCUCCAGUAUCACAGAAGUGCAAAUGGCCUUUCAGGUGAUUUUCAAAGAGAUGGGUGCUGGGAGUCAGAGAAGAAAAAAGGGACAAAAAUGGUGCUGAGAAAAACUGUCACGGUGCUCAUCUCUCUCUCCUCCAGAGGAGUAACUCUGGCAGGUUUAUCUCCAGGGAGCAUCUACUUUUUCACCCUUCAGGUGUCUCACCCUGCUGGGCCCAGUUGGACGUUGGGACAAACACAAACAGCAUACAUGAGACCUUUACCUCCCCAGAACAUCACCGUUGGUCGAGUAACAGCUAAUCAGAUUAGCAUCUUCUGGAUGCUACCAGGUCUACAGUGUGAGAAUGGAUGGACAUUUGUUGUAAACUGUGAGGACAUUUCCUCAAAAAAGGGAGGGGUCAUUUCCAACAUCUCUAGAAUACCUGGGACAGACAGGAAGCAGUUCUACACCGCUGUGAUGGGAGGACUCGAGCCUUACAGGAAGUACAGAGUUGAAGUGUUCACAGUCACGCAGUUUGGGAUUUGGAGCUGCAGACAGGUGCCUCUGAUUGUGCAGACUGCUGUGAAGCCCCCGUCUGAUCUGCUGGUGUUUAGCCUGACGGCAAACCUGUCGGUCUGCUGGACCAGUGAGCCUGAUGAUCCUCCAGAUGGUUACCACAUCACAUCCCGAUCACUCAGUAAUCCCACCGUUUCCUCUCUGUGGAUAAACGAUUCCAGCUUUGAUGAACUCUGGAGAAAUAAAUCCGUUUGUGUGAACCUGGGCGCAUUCAUUCCUGGUCACACUUAUGAAAUAUCAGUUGUUGCUUUGAAGGGAAGCAGCAGGAGUGAGGGUUCUAGUAUCACACACACCACAGCCCCAUUGCCUGUGCUGGUAGCAGUCCCUCUUUCUGUGGGUACAAACUACGCACACCUGUUCCUUCAGCCUCCAAGGAUGGGUUUGAUUGAUGGGGUGAAAGUGUGUGCAUGUCCUGGAGUUUGCAGCAGUGCAUGCAUGGGAUCGUGUGGUUAUCUGUGUGUCUGGCAUUCGUUCCCCACUGGUGAUGUUAUAACCAUCAGACAUCUCAGUCCAGGAUUUGAGUACCAGCUCAGUGUUUCCAGCACCAGUGGGGGUCAGGCAGGACCACUCUACUACACCCACCCCAUCAGAACAGGUCUGGCUCCACCGAGCAGAGUGAGGGAAGGACUGGUGACGGAGUCAUCCAUUGAGCUGAUAUGGGAUCCAGCAGAGGGACAAGCUGACCGCUAUGAGAUCAUCUGCCUAAACUGUAAUGACACACUGAAGAUCCAGAAGGCGUUCAUUACAGGUGCAGUGUUUUCUGGUCUGACUCCAGGCUCGCUCUAUCACUUUGCUGUGCGAACAGAGAAAGAGUCCUUCGCUGACAGUCUGCCCGUCUCGAUCAAUAUCACUGCAGCUCCCAGCCCAGCGAAGGUCUCUGUUGUCAAUAAAACAACAUCAUCCAUAUGCAUCAGCUGGACUGCAUCAAGAGGAGUGGUGAGCACACUCAUCCUGUCAAUCAAAGCCACAACAUCCAUUCAGGAGCUGACCGUUACUCAUCAGGAGCUCAGAUCGUACAGCUUUGAAGGCCUUGAUCCUGGAAGUCGAUAUACGAUUGAAGUAAUUACCACCAGUGGAGAGAGAAGAAGUAAACCUGCUACUCUAACAAUCUAUACUGUGCCAGGGGUUCCACAGGAAGUGGCUCUUUCAGAGCACCCAGUGAUGUCUGCGUUUGUCACCUGGAGACCACCAGCAGGACAGGUAGACAAGUACAAGCUUCUAUUUGGCCUGCUUUCUAUGGACAGGAAGUGGUGGACUGAAGUGUUUGUUGAAAGCACGGGCUAUGAGAUCAGGGAACUGAUCCCGGGGUCAGACUAUGGUGUCAGUGUUCAGAGCGUUCUGGGCUCAGACACAAGUCAGGCAGUAAACAGAGACCUCAACACACACCCAGCUGGAUUAUGCUCCCUUCAUUUAGACGGAGUGAAUUCAUCGUCCGUCACUGUGAGCUGGAACAGUGCACCUGGAGAGUUUGAUCACCACAGAGUUACCGUGACCAAUGCUUCGGUCACAAAAACACUCACAGUACCCAAAGAGGAGUGUGCUGUCGUGGUGACAGGUCUGCUGGAUGGCUGCAGCUACAACGUGAGCACGGAGAGAGUGAGAGGAGUGAGGACAGGAAGCGCUGCCUUUCUGACUGUAACUACAGUGCCAAAGCAAGUGAGAGGUUUGACUUUAGUGAACGUAUCUGAGCAUGGAUUCUCAGUACGCUGGCUGCAGGCAGAGGGGUGUGUGGAUCGGUACCAAGUGAGCCUUCUACCAAACCAGGGGAAAGUCAUCAUUCACUCUGGACAAGAUGGAUACGUUCAGGCCGAUGCGUCAAGUGUAAGUCCUGGGACACAAUACACUCUGACGGUAACAACAGCCUCCUCUUCCAACAUCAGCCCUGGAGUCAGCCGUAUGAUCAGUACCAGUCAGAGUGCCCCUGGUGCCCCUGAAAAGCUUGUGGGAGAACCUAUUGGUUCUAACGGGAUUCUGCUUACCUGGGCAUCUCCAUCCGGUGCAACCAAUGUCAUUGGAUAUGUCUACAGGUACAAAGAGGUGUGUCCAUAUCCUGAUGCCUUAAUAACACAAGAAACCACAGAGGCAGAACAUCUGCUCACUGAGCUGACUUCAGGGUCAACAUAUCAAAUUCAGGUAGCAGCUAAAACGCCUGGUAAAUUAGGGGCAUUCAGCAAACCGAUAUACGUAAAGACAGCUGAGUCACCCCCUGGCCUAGUGACCAAUUUGACAGCGUAUGCUCAGAACCACACCCUUGUUGUGGUUACCUGGUUUCUGCCGCACCGCAUCAACGGCCUCAUCACAAAAUUUGCCGUGAAGGUGAAAUACGUUCGUACGGGGAUGACCGCCCGUGUACUGGAGGUUAACGCAGAGGAAAUAAUGAAUGGAGCACUGCCUCAUUGCAAUGAUGCAGCUGAUAUCCUGUCACGUGCAACUCCCAGCCCCUUGGACAUAACAGCAUCCUCUCCGUCCAUCACCCUAUCUGCUGUGCCACCUGCAGCCUCUUGGAGUGUGCCCAUAUCAGUGGGAGUUGACCAACUGCUACCUUACACUGCCUAUCUGUUUGAGGUUUCGGCCUUCACCUCGGCUGGCCAGGGACAGACAGCUUCUACCAUGGUUCGCAUGCCAGAAUCAGCUCCUGAAGAUUCACCUCAAAACUUACUUAUAUUAAAUGUGACGUCUAGAUGGAUUUCUGUGUCAUGGAGCUCUCCCAACAUCAUCACUGGAAAGUUCACCUACGUGCUUUACAUUUCUGGCCCUACAGGUUUUUUAUACGAGAACAGCACGUCAGAUGUUCGUUUUUCUUUUACUGGUUUGACGCCUUUCACAAAAUAUAAACUAGCUGUGCGUGCAAAAGCUGCAGGAGAAGUGGGUCCAGCAGCAGAGAGGAAUGAGACUACACUUGCAGAAGCCCCUAGCGCAGUGCAGAACCUGGUAGCUAAAGCUGAAGAUUCAGUUUCCAUUCGUGUGAGCUGGAAAAGCCCUGCACAGCCUAAUGGUCCCAUAACCCAGUACAGGCUGCAGGUCCUGGUUAAUGAGACUCUGAUGCAGGACAUCACUCUCACAUCACAAAAAACAACUGGUUCGACACUUCCUGUCCAAGCAACUUUCAAACGGCGUAAGAGAUCUCUUGACCUCACCAUCACUUCUCCACCUAUCUUCACACCCACUGUUUCUGCGCACACGGUGCCCACUGAGAUGACUGCUUUCAACUUCACACCCUUUGAAAGUAGAGGCACUGAUCUCCUCGCUAACACCAAACAAACUCUCAGCACUAACAAGUCCAGCACAGGUUAUGAGUCGCAAUCUCGCAGCAUCACUCAAUCUUUUGGGACCUUUGCAUCUUCUGUUACCUCUAUGUCACCAACUACACCUCCACCCUGGCUGAUGAAGCAGCCACAAACAGAAGCGGUCACCUCUAACAACACCUCCUUAUCCCUGACUCCAGGCCAGCUUCGCCUGUCUACACGUGAUGCUUCAGUUAUAACAUACGUUUCACCACGCAGCGCAGCAGUGUCUGGGGCUACAGUUACUGCAGGUGUGACAGUGAAACAGGAGGUAGUGAACGUGUUGUCUGGGCAAUUGUCCUACUUGGUGUCAGAUCUGAAUCCUUUCACUGAGUACACGUUCAAGGUCACUGCAUCUACCACAGCGGGAGAAGGACCUGCUGCAAAUAUUACUGAAAAGACCAGUGAGCAGGUCCCCAGCUCGGUGUUUAAUGUGACCUAUCAAAACAUCAGCUCCACUUCGAUAUUUGUGAGCUGGAGGCCACCACUCAACCCCAAUGGAAUGAUCACACAUUACACCAUUUACAGUGUCAAUCUGCGCACCAAAGAAGCCAUUAAAUUUGACACAAACACUACCAGUAUGAUGAUAACAGAUCUGGACAAGUACACUGCCUAUAAGCUACGCGUAGCGGCAUCCACAGCUGUGGGAGAGAGUUCGCUAUCAGAGGAGGAUGAUGUUUUUGUCUACACCUUAGAGGAUGAACCCGACUCUCCCCCUGAAAAUCUCAGUGUGUUGGAAACAAGCUCCUCGACAGCUACGCUAACCUGGUCUGCGCCAGGGAAAGCUAACGGGGUGAUCCAGUACUAUGAGGUCUUGUAUGAAAACGAGUCAUUCUCUACUGUGAUGAACGUCACAUCUAACAAAGCCACUCUAAUGAACCUGAAGCCGUUCUCUUACUACAACGUGUCCGUAAAAGCAUUCACGCGUUACGGCGAUGGCAACCAAACAUCUGACACUUUAUACUUGCUGUCUGGAGAAGAUGUUCCAGGCAGUCCUCCAUAUGGACUCUCUUAUGAAUCUGUGAGUCCCAGUGAGGUGAAUGUGACGUGGCAUCCUCCUCUGCUGCCCAACGGGGUCAUUACUUACUACAGCCUGGAGCUGUGGAACUCUUCACAGUCCCUGAACCUCAGCACACCGACCAACUUCAUCCGCAUCACACAUCUAAGGAAGUAUGCGCAGUACCGCCUCACGGUUCAGGCACACACCCGAGCUGGGCCGGGGAACUACAGCAGCGAGCCGCUCAACAUCACCACACGGGAGGAUGUGCCAAGCGACCCAGUCUCAAACCUGACAGCCCAGAACUUCAGCUCCACUGCCAUCAUCGUGAGCUGGGAUCCUCCAACUGAGCCAAAUGGCCGCCCUUACUACAUCCUGACCUUGCAGGAAGCUGGAAUGUCCCCAGACAUGUUGAGCCCAGGAACACCAGCUGUCAACAAAACCAUCAAGCAAGCCACAACUGAUAAUGUGUUCCUAUUUACCAAACUCAGGAAGUAUUUUCCUUACGUGCUGACUGUUACCCCAGCAACUGGUGCUGGUCCAGCCUACAACCAAACCAGCACAAUGUACCUGAGGACGGAUGAUGAUGUCCCUAGUUCUGCUCCAUUGAUGGUGUCAGCUAUAAAUGUGUCCUCGUCCUCCAUCGCUGUGGACUGGCAGCGCCCUCUGGAGUCCAAUGGAGAAAUAACUGAGUACACCCUCACUUUGUCUGGCCCUGAGGGCUCCAGCACCACACAGACCCCCAACACCUCGGCCAUCCUCACUCAGCUAUUCCCAUACACGGCCUACAAUCUCAGCAUCAUCGCUGCCACGCGUAAAGGAGCAGGGCCCACUCUGCUUGUGCAGCUGCAUACUGAUGAAGGGGGGCCCACGUCUCCUCCCCGUAACCUAACGAUAUACAACCACACAGCAGUCUCCGUGUGGCUGAGCUGGGAGCCGCCUCUGGAGCCCAAUGGAGUGGUGAUAAAGUACGGAUUCUGGAUCCAAGACCUCAUCACAGAAACCGUCACACAUCAGAACUCCUCUGGCCCGUCGACCACAGAGCACCUGUCAGGCUUUAGGCCUCACAGCUCCUAUGAGAUCAGUGUUUGCAGUUACACCAGAGUGGGCCACGGGAAUCAAUUCAGCAGCCCUGUGACCUUCACAACAAACGAGUCAGUCUCUGAUGCUGUGGGGAACCUGUCCUGCUCGGGAGUCAGUUGGGAUUCCAUCGAGCUUUCUUGGGAAGUUCCAGCCAAUCCAAAUGGACAGAUUCUGUUUUACGAGAUGAUAGAGGAGGUGGACCUGCAGACUGUCAUACACCAGAUUCACACACCUGGGUACACGCUGACGGGGCUGUUACCAAACCAGGAGUAUGCAUUCAUCAUAGCUGCAGUCAACUCAGCAGGACCAGGAGCCAGGGAAAACUGCACAGUUUCCACCCUCCCUGAAUCAGUUCCAGCUGCCCCUCGCUUCCUCACUAUCUCCCAAAUCACCUCCAGCAAUCUGACUCUUAAGUGGGCUCCGCCGCUCUCCGUUCCAGGCCUGCUGAGAGGAUACGACAUCGUUGCGGAGCUCCUUUCGGAUAUUUGCAAACCAAACACACACAGCACCGCUAAACCAACCUCAGAGGACAAUCUUUCAUCACAAUGUGUGGAACACAGCUUCUCAGUGUCAGUGAACGCCUCCGACAGAGCGAAGGAAAGCAGCGUCACUCUUCAGUCCCUGGCUAAAUACAGAAACUAUCGCUUCAAAGUGGCUGCCGUGACCAAUGCUGGAGUUGGGGAAUACACUCUCUGGAAUUAUGCAAAAACCCUGGCUGGAAACCCAGACGCUCCUCCCCGUAACCUGAACAUGACCCCCACCGCCACCAGCUUCCGCAUCACGUGGGAGGCUCCAGCUGUUCUCUCCGGACCUACUUCCUACCUUGUACAGGUGGAUGGUCCUGGUGUGAACUUCUCCGUAGUCCGAGCUCCAGGAGAGCUGAUGACUGUUGUGGUGACCAACUUGACAGCUUUUACCAGUUAUGCUGUUACUGUCACCGCCUUUACUGGUACACGCGAGCAAGCCAGUAGUGAUGGGAAGGCAGUCGGACCGUUGGUUUUUAGAACGCUGGAGGAACAGCCAAAAGACCCACCCAAUAACGUGACGGUGUCUGCCGCCUCAGACACGGUGAACUCGGUGAUGGUGAGCUUCGGUCCCCCCCAAGAGCCCAACGGAAACAUCACUGCCUAUUUCGUGUUUGUGUAUGAGAAUGAUCAGCUGGUUAAAAACAUCAGCCUGGAAAACAAAGGAGACUCCAACACGGUGAUUGCUGUCGUAGAUGGCCUUAAAGGAGGACGCACCUACAGUAUACAAGUUGCAGCAAGGAAUGGGGUGGGCAACAGUCCACUCAGUUCACAUGUCCAGAUAACUACAGGCAUUAAAGCCCCAUCCAAGCCAACCGAUAGACCUCAAGCAAUGCUGAACCAUAGAGGGGUUUCCAUGGUAACCCACAGCACCAUAACCAUCAAAAAGCCUAUCUGUUUCUAUAGUGACGACAAUGGACCAAUCGCAAAAAUCCAGGUCAUCGUGGCUGAGUUGGGGGUGAGGGACGACGAGAUUGUGACAAACUGGAGCUAUGCAUGUUUACAUCGCCCCACUCCAUACUUCACUGACGAAGGGUUCCCCAACCCUAAAUGUUUGCAUGAGACAGCGCAAGCGAAUGUGCUCGUCAGGGGCGGUCGCAGCGUGUCUGGGGACAUCCCGUCACUUGUGAGGCUAAACCAGUCCACAGAUGACACGUACGUGAUCGGAGCGAAUACUAACUGCAGGGAGAAUGACUCAACAAGUUUGUGCAAUGGGCCUCUGAAAUCCAACACAGUUUAUGUAUUUAAAUUUAGAGCCACUAACAUUCAAGGCCAAUACACAGACUCCGACUACUCCGAGCACAUCAGAACUGCAGUGAAUGGACUGUUGACCAAAGAGGAGCAGAUCAUCCUGGGUGUUCUGGUGUCAUUCUUCCUGGCUUUGUUCCUCAUCGUCUUUAUCUGCUGCUCAGUCAAACUUCACCAGCGUAAGAAGGAGGGUGGAACUUAUUCACCCAGAGAGGCAGAGAUCAUAGAGACCAAGUGUAAGCUGGAUCAGCUGAUCGCUGUCGCAGACAUGGAGCUGAAACAGGAGAAACUCAAUCGGCUGCUCAGCUACAGGAAGUCUCUCAAGCCCGUCAACAAGAAAUCCUUCCUGCAGCAUGUGGAGGAUCUGUGUGCCAGAGACAACAUUAAGUUCCAGGAGGAGUUUGUGGAGCUUCCUAAGCUGCUGCCAGACCUGGCUACCACUGACGCUGAUCUGCCCUGGAACAAGUCCAAGAACCGCUUCCUCAACAUUAAACCCUACAAUAACAAUCGAGUCAAACUGCUGUCAGAACCAGGGGUGGCUGGCUCAGACUACAUCAACGCCAGCUUUGUUUCUGGUUAUUUGUGUCCCAAUGAGUUCAUCGCCACUCAGGGUCCGCUCUCCAGCACCGUGGCUGACUUCUGGAGGAUGAUCUGGGAGACAGGAACUAGAACUAUUGCCAUGCUCACACAGUGUUAUGAGAAAGACAGAAUUCGGUGUCACAAGUAUUGGCCAGAAGACAACAAGCCAGUGACGGUGUUCAGUGACUUUCUCAUCUCUAAAGUGUCAGAGGAAGUCCUUCCUGACUGGACCAUCAGGACCCUGAAAAUAGAAAAGCACGGUCACUACAUUUUGGUCAAACACUUCAACUUCACAUCGUGGCCUGAGCAUGGAGUGCCAGAGUCCUGCAGCACUUUGAUUAAGUUUGUAAAAACUGUCCGAGCACAUCGGCACGACAACUCCACCAUAGUGGUCCACUGCAGUGCUGGUGUGGGACGAACAGGAGUGUUCAUUGCUCUCGAUCACCUCAUUCAGCACAUCAGAGAUCAUGACUUUGUGGAUAUUUACGGGCUUGUGGCUGAGCUCCGCAGUGAGAGGAUGUGCAUGGUGCAAAAUCUGGCCCAGUACAUCUUCCUACACCAAUGCACGCUGGAGCUUCUGAACAACAAAGGCAACAGUCAGUCCAUCUGGUUUGUUAACUAUUCUGCUCUGGAGAAGAUGGACUCCUUGGAUGCCAUGGAAGGUGACGUUGAACUGGAAUGGGAGGAGACUACUAUGUGAAGGACCAACCAGAUGGAUGUUUGUGGGAAUCAUUUGUUGGACUUUAAACAAGACCGAGGAUGAUCAAGGUUGAGGAAGAGAGAGAGCAUGAGGUGAAAAUCUCCACCUUAAGUCCCAUUCUCAGCCGAGUUCUCACUCUAAAGCGUACUCUGAGACGUUUUCAAAGACGGUCUGACGAGCACUAAGAGAGACUAUCCAAAAGGACAGGGACAGGAGGGACAGGCCUAAGUGUGAGCUCUAUCUAAUCUGUGCACCUGCAGGUUGUUAGCACAAAUGUAUUACCACGGUGUACAUUUGUGUGUUUUUUAUAACUUAUUAAGCCAAAAGAAUUGUAUUUUGUUUGUUUCUUGGUCUUUUUUUACUUUGUGUCAAGAUGUUCAGCUCAAGAGUGAUUUGCAAAAACAAAAGAAUCCAAUUUUCUUUUCUCGCCUUGACAUUUGACAGUAAAAACUUUAUUUCUUUUCCAUUCAGGUUCAGCGUCAUCAAAUGCUUAACUGCUUUUGAAUGUAAAAUCAUAACGGACAGCUUGGUUGGAGUUUUUAUUUCGGUUGAAUUAAUGUGUUUUUGACUAAACUGAAAGUAUUUCUUUUGUUUCAUUGGAUUCGAUCUGCAUUAAAGCUCAAAUGUCACACUAAAAGGAGUCUUUCUCCCUCACAGAAGCUUCCAAAAUAUGUUGAUUGAUUCCGUCAGUCACCUUUGCAUAAAAUCAUAUUGGAAAAAUAUUUGGCAACUGUUUUAGUUUGUCACACCUAAAACAAGAAACAAGCAACCACCUUGUGUCUGAUUAAGUUCACAAAUUAGAAUCAAGGACUUUUUUAAAAGACAUAAACUACAACUGCAGUACCUGAAGGAAGUGCUAUGAAUGUGGGAUGUUGGGAUUAUUAUGGGAUAUAAUGUGUCUGUUGUGUAUAGCUAAUCAAAUAGAGUGAUUAAACAAUUUUUAUCUAUUCUCAUACACUUGACUUUUAAAAAAAUGGGUAAAUUAUGAUGCUGGCUGUUCUAAACUACCACGAGAAAAUUAUGUACCGCUCUUAAAUUGCUGCUUAUUGUAUUGAUUUUAAGAAUAAAUAUAAAUGUUUCUCCAUUACUAUGGCAAUAAAAGAACAUAAAGAUCA